AGAGGCAGUGGGAAGUUUGGGUUGACCGCCCGCAGGAGGCGGUAGCCUCCUCUGUAAAAAUGGCCUGCUGCGGCUGAGUGGGAGGAUCCUGGCUUAACUACAGAGCCCGCGAGUAGGUGUCUGUAAUUGAAUGAGGGAGGAGAUAGAGAAGAGAAGCAGCCUAGCACCUAGCCAGUCAGCGGAAAUCCCAAAAGAAAACACAGAGGACUACCCUCUGCAAUAGCUGCGGCUCCUUGUUCGUACGCGGUGAUUUACCAGGCCACCUCUCGCAGGCAGCUCUGGCCACAGCAAUCUGCAGCAAUGGGCGUGGAAGGCUGCACCAAGUGCAUCAAAUACCUGCUUUUUGUCUUUAAUUUUGUCUUUUGGCUUGCAGGAGGAAUCAUUCUUGGUGUGGCACUCUGGCUCCGUCAUGAUUCGCAGACCACAAAUAUCCUGUACUUGCAUCUAGGUGAAAAGCAGGCCCCUAAUACAUUCUAUAUUGGGAUCUACAUCCUGAUUGCUGUUGGUGCAGUGAUGAUGUUUGUGGGGUUCCUGGGAUGCUAUGGUGCUAUCCAGGAGUCCCAGUGCCUUCUGGGAACGUUCUUCACUUGCCUGGUGAUCCUGUUUGCUUGUGAAGUGGCAGCUGGAAUCUGGGGAUUCGUCAAUAAAGACCUGGUUGCCAAAGACGUGAAGCAGUUCUACGACCAAGCAUUGCAACAAGCGUUGCAACAAGACCUGUCAGAUUCUGAUGCAACUAAUGCGAAAACUGUGGUGAAGACCUUCCACGAAACGCUGGAUUGCUGCGGUGCAAACACCAUGAUGGCCAUAGGCGCCUCAUUCCUAAAGAAUGAUCUCUGUCCAAAGGAAAAAACCUUUUUGGAAACUUUUUCCCAGGGUCAUCUGCCCCAGGAUUGUCAUAAGAAAAUUGAUGAGCUGUUCUCAGAGAAGUUGUACCUGAUUGGUAUUGCAGCCAUUGUGGUAGCUGUGAUCAUGAUCUUCGAAAUGAUCCUGAGCAUGAUACUGUGCUGUGGCAUAAGGAAUAGCACCGUGUAUUGAGAAGAGGAGAGUUGGUGGGGGAAGGUUGGAGAUGACUGUGCAAAAGGGACCCCAAGUGCCACCAAGUGACCAGGAGACAUUUCAACAAAAGACAAAGAAAACUAUGUAUAUAAAUACUUCCAAUAUUACCAUACAGUACUUAUCAUUGUUACUUUAAACUACUUUUUUUUUUUUUAAACGAGUAAAACUUUCCCAUGACCUUGUGGCUGAGUUAGUUACACAUCAGUUUUGUGUGGUAGGGAAAGCUACUGUACCAGCGAUUCUGACACCCUCCCACCCCCCGUUUUCUUUUUUUGUCCUCCCCAUUAUUUCAGUGAUGAUGUUUAUGGUGCAGAAACACAGAGGUACAGAGCAGCAGGCUACAGCCUCUUGUGAGGACAGCGAACACCUUUGCCUUGGGUUUUUUUUGUUAGUUUUAAGUUUAUAAUUGGGAAGUGAAGCAGCGUUUUUUUUUUUGUCUCCCUCUCUUUUCCCCGUGGUCCUGACUCCACGGCAUUCCCUAGCUGCUCAUAGGGAAGUUUGACUUGGUGUGCAAAGCCUGGUAGAAAUGAGAAGCGGGGGACAGUCCUUCAAGCUGAGAUGCAGCCCAGGCCAAUCAGACACAUUUAUGUUGCUAAAUAAACAUGAGAGUUUAAUAGUUACAAUUUUAAAUUCUAACUUUUGCUUUUUUCCCCUGGGGUUUGUAACUCUUUUAAAAACAAAACAACAAAUUGACCCUUUCAUUUUGGGCUGAAGCUAUCUCACAGGUUCAUAGCCUGGGAGUGAAUUCUUACCCCAUUUCCCCCCCCAAAUUCUACAAAUGGCUGGAAAAUAAGCCUGCUUUAUGUUCCUGGACACUUCUUUCCAGUCAUGUAACAUGGGGACUGGAGGGGCUGGAUGUCCAGUGUGGUUUUGUUAGUUCCUAAUUUGAACUGAUACUUCUGUAUAAAGGAUAUACUAAAAGGAGGAAGAUAGGUAAGCGCUGAGAUCCGGAACACUCAAAAUCCUCCACAAAACAAAUGCAGGAUGACUUUGGGGGUGUUUUCUCAUGUUAUUUCAAACUAAUUUUGUCUUUGCAUCAUAGUUCUCUUUGAUACAGUUUUGUUUGCUCAUGGCAUAUUGUCAUAUAUGCUGUAAUUAUGCCAAAAAUCCAAUAACCUGUUAAACAUUGUUUUUUAAAAGCCUUUCAUUUAAAACCUACAUUAAGAGUUGGAAACCAACCCACUCAAGCUGGGAAAUUCAGGAUUUAAGAAGGCACCAGGUUGAACAUAUAUUUUUUGUGUAGGUUAAAAUCCAAGCUAGAUGUUACGAACUAAAUGUGUGUGGCUUUAACUGUAUGCUACUCCACUGGACUAACAGAAUCGCUGUUGCCCUGUACAUAAGAGGAUAGUGUGCGCCUCAAAUCCUACGUAAUAAAACGUGUGCGUGUGUGUGUGUGUCUCUCUCUCUAAAAGAUGCUCUAUAUGUAUAGAUAAAUAUAUUUUAAACAAAGUUAUUUCACUUUUCCCUACCCCUUGUGGGUACUUGAGUUGGGGACUGCAGCAUCUUGCAGCUGUUGGCUGAGCAGAAGCAGGAAGUUUUUAUUCUCAACCCAGUUAAUAUAUGAGGUUCCUCUUGCUUUCUCCCCCUGGCUGUUUAAGGGAUGUUUCUAUUUCCCUGAAGUGUUUCUUUUGUAACUUUCAAAACUAAGAGUGUUCCAAAUCAGGUUUGGGGUGAGGGGGAUUCUGUGUUCUUUCUAGACUGUAUGCACCCCUUCACCACUGCCAUUGCUACACACUGAAUGAGGGAUUCCCACAAGUGGGCAAACUGAUCAAUCCAGAGGCUUAUUUUUUCUCCUUGUUUCCCUUUCUUGCCUGUUUAAGCACAUAAGGGCUCUAAAAAAAAAAAAAA